AGUGGAUUUUUAUGUGCGGUUUUCUGGCCGUAGCUGCCUACGCUCUGGCAGAUAUACCUGCCGAAAACCCGGUCUACAACCCGAGUGGAGCAAAAUUCCUCGUCGGUGUGGUGAGGACUAAUGUCAUCAGUACUGCCAGUACGACUACUAUCUCCGUCGCUGCUGUCACCUGUCACAACGGCAUCCCCAGUAGUACCACCUGCUCAGGAAGGAAGAAGAGGUUGGCGCUGCCAGAACUUCCGGAGGUCAAACCUGGGAACUUCGAGGAAAACCUCGAUUCCUCCUCUGACACAAACGAGGAGACCAAUCCUGGAGUCAACCGCAGCAGCAGCAGCGACGGCAUCCAGAAGCUGGUCAUCUGGAAGACUUCGACCACCACCCUGACCUUCACGUCCUCUUCCACCAUCUCUGGAACGACUCUCUCCCUCUCCUAUUACUGCACUGCAUCGGGCAUCAGCGCCCCUUCAGCUUGUGGUUAGGUUAGGAACAGAUCUUGCAAGAUGUCCUUUUAGCGACGUCGACCAGUGCGAAGGAUGUAAGAUCUUGCAAGAUAUUUCCCGCAUGGAUUCACCGUCUUCCCUUUUUCCAGAGUCCUUGACGCUAGUUCUCUGGAAAAUGUACUUAAUUUAUUUUUGUUGAUUGUUAGGUUUUAUUGUACAGUUACACUUGAACAGAAAAUGGACUUUUAUUUUGU